AUGAGGACCCCGAGCCAGUCUGCGCUGCUUCAUGCCCAAGCCAGUGGCAAGGCCCGGCUCCACGGCCUAUUCGGCGGCCAGGGCAACAACAAGCAUUACUUUGAUGAGCUCCGGGUUGUCUGGGACACUUACGCGCCUUCGGUUCGCGACUUUAUUGAAUCAUUAAGCAGCGUCUUGCAUACCCUCAGCCAAGACGAGCGGGUUGCAGAUCAAUAUCCUCAUGGCUUGGACGUGUUGCGGUGGCUCAGGAGUCCGGAAUCUGAGUCUUCCGAGUCUAUCCCGGACAACGACUACCUCAUCAGCGCGCCGGUCAGCUUUCCAUUGAUCGGACUCUUGCAACUCGCCCACGCCAAAGCCGUUUGCAUGAGUCUCGGCGUCGGGCCUGAGAGUUUCCCGCAUGUCUUCAGCGGUUUGGCUGGGCACUCCCAAGGGGUUGUGGUGGCUGCUGCCGUGGCUACUGCGUCCGACUGGGCCAGCUUCCUGGAUGCCUCGAUCAAGGCCAUCACCAUACUUUUCUGGAUCGGUUCCAGGUGCCAGCAGGUCUUCCACCAACACAGCGUCUCGGAAGAGAUGGCGAGAGAACUCGAGUCCGACGGGCACGGCAAAGCUUCCCCCAUGCUCGCUGUCGUGAACAUCCAGCGUCGACAGCUCGAGGCCGUCAUCCAGGGGCUGAAUCAGGGACUCCCAUCGGAUAAGCAUGCCUCGAUCGCGUUGGCAAAUUCGAUUUCCAGCUUCGUUGUCAGCGGCCCGGAGCGCACGCUUGCUGCGUUGAUCCAGACACUCGAUGCUGCAUCAGGAGGGUCCCCGCGCGCACCAGCACGCGUACCUUACUCCCAGAGAAAGGCGUCUCCCACAACCAGGUUCCUUCCCAUAACCAUUCCCUGCCAUUGCAGCCUCCUCGACAGCGCCCUACCCUUGAUUGACAGCGACUUGAGGGAAAUCUGCUCCAUACCAGCGAGCAUUCUCAGGCUCCCCGUCAACCAGCUCCGAGCUGAGUCGCCAUUAGACGGCGGAGAUAUCGAUGACGAUGAUGGCGGCGAUGCCAACCUAACUCCGCUGCUGGUCCGCUUGAUCACUUCGCGGCCGGUGGAAUGGGCCGAGAUGGACUUCACCGACGCAACGCACGUGAUCGAUUUUGGCCCUGGAGGAACCAGCGGUGCGGGUGCCCUGACCCACCGCAAUGUCGUGGGCUCCGGGGUUAGGGUUAUCGUAGCACAAAAGCUGGACGAGCCCGAGAGCACCAACACCAACAAAUCCGGUGGUCUCGGCUCCCUUGCCGAGCUGCUCUCGCCCGGCCCGGGCAGCAUCAUUCGCUGGGGCCCCGACUGGGCCAGGGAUCAUCGACCCUCGCUCGUUCGGACGGCUUCGGGCCUCAUGGUUGGCUCCAAGCUCAGCCGUCUCCUCGGCCUCCCUCCCAUCAUGGUCGCGGGCAUGACGCCGACAACGACAAGGCCGGAGUUUGUGGCUGCCAUCAUGAAUGCCGGCUACCACGUCGAAUUUGCCGCAGGUGGCUAUCACAGCGCCGGGCCGCUGAGGUCUGCGCUCUUCAAACUCCGGGACCUGAUACCCGUCGGCCGGGGCAUAACUAUCAACGUCAUCUACGCCGCGCCCAAGGCUAUCGCAUGGCAGAUCCCAUUCAUCCGCCAACUGCGCGCCGAGGGCUUCCCCGUGACGGGCCUGACCGUGGGAGGCGGCGUCCCCACGCCUGACGUGGCAACCGAGUACAUCACCACCUUGGGACUCGAACACAUCUCCUUCAAGCCGGGCUCGACCGCGGCCAUCCGCCAAGUCGCCGAGAUUGCCCGGAAGAACCCUUCCUUCCCCGUCAUCCUCCAGUGGACGGGCGGCCGUGGUGGCGGCCACCACAGCGCCGAGGACAUGUACGCACCACUGCUCGAGACCUACGCCGAGCUACGGUCCCACGACAACAUCGUCCUGGUUGCGGGCUCGGGCUUCGGAUGCGCGGCCGACGUCGCCCCUUUCCUCGACGGCUCGUGGAACCUCGCCCGCGGCGGCCAGCUGUGCCCUAUGCCGUUUGACGGGGCCCUGCUGGGCAGCCGCGUCAUGACGUGCGUUGAAGCCCUCACCUCGCCGGACGCGAAGCGGGCCAUCGCGGCGGCCCCGGGUGUCCCGGACGAAGAGUGGGAGCGGACCUACAGCGGGCCGACGGGGGGGGUCAUGUCGAUCGUGAGCGAGAUGGGCGAGCCGAUCCACGUCAUUGCCACGCGCGGGGCCCGGCUGUGGGCGCAGCUGGACAAGAUGAUCUUCUCGCUCGACCGGAAGAAGCGCCCGCAAGCCUUGGCGGCCCACAGGGACUACAUCAUAUCCCGGCUCAACGCCGAUUUCCAGCGCCCCUGGUUCGGCAAGAGGGCGGACCCUAACGGGACGGCGUGCGAGGUCUCCGACAUGACAUAUGAGCAGGUCGCCAGGAGGCUGGUGGAGCUCAUGUUUGUUGGCGUUGUUGGUGGCCGGCGAUGGAUCGACACGAGCUACGUUGGCUUCGUGGCUGCUUUUCUGACUCGGACCGAAGAAAGGUUCCGCUAUGUCAACAGUCCCUGUCUUGAGGGAGAACUGAAAGACGGCCAAACCCUCGAGGCUAUCACAUCCGAAACCGCCUGCCGGUUAGACCCCCUCGCGCUGCUGGAACAAGUCUUGCGGGAGUGUCCCUUGGUGACAACAACACGGGUUAUGCACGAGGACGUCGACUAUUUCAUGCAGCUGUGUCGACGACCGGGCCAGAAGCCGGUCCCAUUUGUCCCGGCGCUCGACGACAAUUUCGAAACGUGGUUCAAGAAGGACUCGUUAUGGCAGUCAGAAGACACCGAGGCUGUCGUGGGUGGGGAUGCCGACCGCACCUUGAUCUUGCACGGCCCUGUCGCGGCUCGCCACACCUGCCAAGUGGACGAGCCUGUUCAUGAAGUGCUGGAUGGCAUCAACUGCGGCGUCAUUGACCAUUUCAUGACGUCUAGCUUCGGCGGCCCCUCACAUCCCUUCGAGGAGGUUCUUCUCCCGCUGUCUUUUCCGAGGUUGAACAGGUUGAACGAAGGAGACAUGCCUGACCUCCACCUUCUUCUUAUGAGAACGGGCCCCGUGGCGGCAUUGCCGUGGAGAUCAGCUCUGUUCGGAUCCAGACUGGUUGUCCAGGGCCGUGACUUGGCGGAGAACCCCGUUCGAAACCUGCUUGACGGAGCCUCCUCGGCUCAUGUGGCGGACAUCCAGCUGGACUCAGUCACGCUAUACACCGAGGCCAGCCAGACGCUACUGCGGGUUUCCAAGUUGGAGAGCAUUAUCCAAGUGCUGGUUUUCGCGCAUGUCACCCACGGCGACGAGCCCGUACCGCUGGCACUGGAAUUCGAAUACCGGAGUGAAACCCCCUAUGCUCCGAUAUGGGAGGUGAUGCAGAACCGGAACGAGCGCAUCGGCACCAUGUAUCGGCACCUCUGGCGAAAUCCGAGUACACAAUCUCCAUCAGCAUCUCCAUCAGCAUCUCCAUCAGCAUCUCCAUCAGCAUCUCCAUCGGUAUCUCCGUGUAUGGGUAGCUUUACCAUUGAUUCGGCUCGUGUUGGCGCAUUCAACCGCGCCAUCGGGUACACCAAGGCCCAUCAGCUGGCCACAGUGCCCAUGGACUUUGCCAUCGUGAUCUGCUGGGCGCCGAUAUGCGGCGCGCUCUUACAGGACCCGAUCCAGGGCGACGUCCUGAACCUGGUGCAUCUCGCAAACGAAUACGAGGUAGCCGAGGGAGAAGACGAGCGUGGACCUGGACGCGGGAGCCCGCGACUGAAGAUUGGAGACGAGUUGCAAACACGGGCAUAUGUCAAGUCCGUCACCAUCGAGGAUUCGGGCAAGGCGGUCCAAGUUGCCUGCGAAGUCCGGCGUGCGGGACCGGGACCGGACAAGGAAAAUGCCCUCGUCAUGACGGUGUACUCGUCGUUUCUCUUCCGGGGAAGCUACACCGACUUUUCAUCCACUUUUGCCCGCGAGGUCGAAAAACGCCUCGAGCUCAAUAUCUCCAGCGAGACGGAUAUUGCCAUUCUCGACAGCAAGCCGUGGUUCCGCCUGGAUGACAAGAGCCAGCUCGAUCACCUCAAUCUCACCAACCUCACUCUCGAGUUCCACCUCGAAACAAUGACUCGAUGGCAAUCCAGGUCGACAUAUGCCAGUCUAGACACUACCGGCAGGGCGUACAUCCGGUCUGAAACCGGAGACCUGACCCCCCUUGGCACCGUCAACUACCGCGGUCUGGAGCAUCGAACCAACCCCGUGCUCUCCUAUCUCCGCCGGCGGGGCCGCAUCAUCAAUGCUCAACGAACGCAGUCGCUUCGUACCUCAGGUUCCGCCGAACACGAGUUUGAAGUCCGCAUACCCUCGUCCAACGAGGCGUACUCGAGAGCCUCGGGAGACUUCAACCCAAUUCAUGUCUCGCCGCUGUUUGCCCGGCUUACCAACCUGCCGGGGACCAUCACACAUGGCAUGUACUGCUCGGCAGUCGUGCGCCAGUGCGUCGAGAAGUAUGCUGCCAGCCGGGAUCCUGACCGGAUCCGCAACUACAAGGUGUCGUUUGUGGGCAUGGUGCUACCUGAUGAUGCACUCAAAGUGUCGCUUUGCCACUCUGGGAUGCAGGCCGGCCUUCGAGUGAUCGACAUUACCGUCAUCAACAAACAGACGGGGGCCAAGGUCCUCACCGGCUCUGCCCUUGUCGCGCAGCCCUCCACCACGGUCGUCUUCACUGGACAGGGCAGCCAGGAAAAGGGCAUGGGUCAACAGCUUUAUGCCUCCUCCCCCGUCGCUCGCUCUAUCUGGGACAGAGCGGAAGCCUACUUCGAGUCCCAGUUCGGCGUGAGCAUCCUUGACAUUGUCCGCAACAACCCCAAGGAGAUCAAGGUCCACUUCGGCGGCGUCCGAGGGCGCAUGCUGCGGCAGAACUAUCUCUCCAUGUGCCAUUACGAAGCGGCACCAUCAGAAACAACCUCGGCGACCGAGGCCACUACACUCCGUCGACGGCCGAUUUUCCCGACCGUGACGCCGACUUCGACCUCGUACACGCACUCCUCACCCAACGGCCUGUUGUUUUCAACUCAAUUUGCCCAACCAGCUCUGACAAUUAUGGAGCUGGCCGCGUUCAAGGACAUGGAGGCCCGCGGCAUCGUGAAUGCCGGUUCUUGCCAGUUUGCCGGCCAUUCGCUCGGCGAGUACGCCGCCCUGCUAUCGACGACAGGCAUUAUGUUGGAGAACCUUCUCAGCACUGUCUUCUGUCGGGGUAUGACAAUGCAAGACGCCGUCGAGAGGGACGAGCAUGGGCGCAGCGGCUUUGCUAUGGUUGCCGUCGACCCCAGCAGGGUCCGCAACGGCUUUUCCGAGUCAGCCCUGCGGAAACUGGUCGGGCACAUCCAGACUCAGACGGGCUUCUUUAUUGAGAUUGUCAACCUCAACAUCCGCAACCGGCAGUACGUCUGCGCCGGCGACCUCCGUGCCCUCGACAUCCUCCAGCGCGUGUGCGACAACCUGAAGGAGAAAGAGCGCGCAGAAGGUCCGGCCGACCCGAGCAAGGAUGACGACGGAUACCUGCAACAGACCUUGGCCAGACUCACCAACAACACCACCACCAAGGCGGUCCCGCACCAGAUCCAGCUCCAGCGGGGCACGGCCACGGUGCCGCUAGUGGGCGUCGACGUGCCCUUCCACAGCUCGCUGCUGCGCCCGCGCAUGAGCGGUUUCCGGCGUGCGUUGCAGGAGGGCCUGAACCUGGACCGCGUGCGGCCGCAGCGGCUGGUCGGCAAGUACAUUCCCAACAUCACGGGCGCGCCGUUUGCGCUUUCCAGGGAGUAUUUCGAGUCAGUGUAUGAUAUUACAGCGUCUGAGCCGCUCAGGCAUGUGUUGGACGACUGGGAUAAUUGGACGGAGAGGAUCCAUAAGGAGCGGGAAGGGGGUCACGGUACUGUGGUAGCGGCUUGCUGA